UCUUACAGGUGAAGAUUGGCAGUUACGAUUGGCGAACGGAGAGAGCAUUUGCGAAGGCCGUGUAGAGGUUUAUUAUGACGGUGUCUGGGGGAGAGUGACUGACACUCAGUGGAAUUUCAAUAAAGCAGAAGUGGUGUGCAGACAGCUGAAAUGUGGCUCUGCAAUAAGCAUUUACAACCACUUGAAGUUUGGGAAAGGCAUCGGACCGACCUGGAUCAGUAAUGUCAGGUGCAACGGAAGUGAACCCUUCCUUUGGAAUUGCAGUUUUACAAAAUCGGAGCAGUCAUCAAUUGGAGAUGACGUGGGAGUGGUGUGCUCUGAUCAUAUUCAGUUAAGAUUGGUCGAUGGUGGAAGUCGCUGUGCUGGAAGAGUGGAGCUUUACUACAAUGGAAGUUGGGGGACUGUGUGUGAUGAUUCUUGGGAUUUAGCAGAUGCCCAAGCUGUCUGCAACCAACUGAAGUGUGGACAAGCUCUAAAUGCAACAGUUUCCAGUUGGUUUGGUCCAGGCCUGGGACCUAUUUGGUUAGACAAUGUGAACUGCAGCUUGAAUGAUUCUGUUCUGUGGGAAUGUCUGGUGGGGCGGUGGAGUGAAAGCGACUGCAAUCAUAAAGAAGAUGCUGGAGUUAUCUGCUCAGAACGAAGACCAAGGGAAAUGAUUAAUAAGGGAGAUAUGAAGAAGAGCAAAACUGAACGAGUUUCAGAAAACUUUGAAUUGCGGCUGGCUGCGGGAUUUAAUAAUUGUUCUGGAAGAGUUGAAAUAUUCUUCAAUGGUAUAUGGGGAACGGUUUGUGAUGAUUCCUGGGAUAAGCAGGUUGCUGCUGUCGUCUGUAGACAGUUAAACUGUGGUCAUCCAAUGUCAGCUCCGAAAGAGGUGCUAUUUGAAAGAGGAAAUGGCGCAAUAUGGAUUGAUGAAAUUAAAUGCAAGGGGAGUGAAUUAUUCCUGUGGGACUGCCAAUUGUCAGUAAUGGCCAAUCAUGACUGUGAACAUAAAGAAGAUGUCAAUUUGAUUUGUUCUGGCUAUCAAAAAUUCACAGAGUCCUUCAACCAGCAGAGACCCCCGAUUUUUAUCAUCCCUUGUAUUUUUGGGACCCUUUUGAUUGCUGUGUCACUUGCUUUGGCUGCAGAAUUACAAAGAAGCUUCCAGAAAGGCAAGAAAAAGACACAAUAUUCUCCUCGUAGCUUUCCUGACCCUGUUUAUGAAGAGAUUGACAUUCACAACCUUGAUACAGGCCCAGAUGUACACUCCAAUAUUUCACUGGACAAGCUGGAAUAUUAUACAGGAAGCGAGUUACAGGAAUGUGAUGAUAUACAUAUGCAAGAUUCAUUUACUUCAUUAGAUGCUGAAUUUGGAAGAGAAUAUGAUGACCUUCAAUAAUUUGAGAAGGAGCUGUGAUGACUUUCACCACUGGCCUUACUGAGGAAAAAUGUGUGACAAAAUAUCUCACAUUGGUUAAU